AUGGUUGAGGCUCUCCGCUGCCCCAACUUAGUCUAUAUUAAAGGCUCACACCCUGCAUGGGUUUCCCACUUUGUGAGAAACGAUUACCAUGCGAUAUGUUGGAUAGUGGCAAUUGCAUGGAUUCGCUUUGUUUCGACCAAAGGCUUGCCGCAUGAUUCUUGGUGGUGGCACAAGCCCACAUCAUCCCAUAUUCCCAUACCGACAUAUCCAAAUUCGCUUAGUAUGAGAAUCGCAGCCGCUACUUCCGGCUACCGCCGUUUUGUGCGUACUUACUAUUGUCAUACCGCCACUGCGUUUUCAGCCUAG